CUCUCCUGCCGGUGGCUGAACUACCUUUCAUCUCCCAAAGAGCGCACUCGGUCCUGUGUACGCGACCGCUGAUACAGACAACGUCAAACUUGCAUUCAUACUCCAUUCUCUACUGUAACCAUAUGCGGGACCUUACUCUGACAGCAACUACGAACCCCUUUGCUUCGGUUUUGGAUAUGAUAUUUAUUCUGCAGACACACAAUGCUGCAUCUGUGUUUUAGGGGGUUAUGUGAAAAGGGGCACCCAAUUGUAUUCUUUAUGUUUCCGUUAUUUCGCUGCUGGACGAUGAACGAGUUUUGAACUAUUGUAUGGACAUUUUCGGCUUCAUGGAAAACACUUUGUUGAAACAUUUACAGCAGAAUACUAUGUUCCGAAUUUCUUCUCGAGGCUGACUGGGCAAUUAUGGAACGGUGAUGAAGUCACUUUUCUUGGGCAUAAUGUCGCCUCUUUCAAGCGUCUGGCUCCUGCUCCGUAUCGUCUUUUUUUGCUUCCUCUUCCCUCCAUUUCUCUGUCCAAUUCAAGCUCAGUUCCUACAGGCACCCAGGGCUUCACCCAGCCUCUUCCUCUUCACCCAAUUAUCUUAUAAUGCUUCCAUUUCGGAGAACUCUGCAGCAAGGACCUACGCCAAGAGCGAAGUCAAAAUGGGCAUUAUUCUCAGACCACCCCGAUCCCUGGACAUUAGGUACUCCAUCGAGUCCGGGGAUAGCGAGGGUAUAUUCCAGGCGGAGGUGUUUGUGAUGGGUGACUUUGGAUUCCUCCGUAUACGCACUAAUGGAGGUAGUGUUCCCAUCUUGAACCGAGAGGUGCAGGAUAACUACACCCUUACAAUAAAAGCGUCCUCUCCAGGGUCUCUUGAGGCCUAUGCGAGUGUUUUCAUCAAGGUCCUUGAUACCAACGACCUGCGGCCGCUGUUCUCCCCCACAAGCUACUCCAUCGUGGUCCCUGAGAGCUCCCCUCUGGGGGCCAGCAUAGGACGGGUCACAGCGACCGACGCGGACGUGGGCUCUAACGGAGACUUCUACUACUUCUUCAAUAACAGAGUAGACUCUUUCACUGUCCACCCCACCAGCGGCGUCCUCACCUUGACCGGCCAACUACGACAGGAAGUCCAAGGGCAGUUUGACUUGGAAGUGCAGGUGGUCGACCGAGGGUUGAAGCUCUACGGAAAUAAUGGCGUCAGCAGCACGGCCAAGCUGGUUCUGACAGUAGACCGAGUCAACGAGUUUGCCCCUGUGCUCGCCGCCACUGUGGUCACCCCAUCGAAGGACCAGGUUUACGUGGUGUUGACGGUGGAGGACGGAGACGAGGGGGCUGCUGGCGAUGUAGAGUGGGUGACCAUCAUCGACGGGGACCCAUUGGAACAGUUUGUUGUCGACAGAUCUCCGGUCAAAAACGAAUACAGAGUUAAAACCUCUGAACUGCUGGACUGGGAUCUGUUCCCCGAUGGCUUCAACCUGACCUUCCAGGCCAAAGACCGGGGAACCCCCGCAAAGUUCUCAAACACACAGUUUGUUCAACUGUUGGUGAAAAAGCCAGAGCCAACCGCGGUGGAAUUUGAAAAAAGUGUUUACAAAGUAAAGCUGAGUGAGUUAGCCCCUCCUGGCACUUUUGUAGGCAAGGUGCGAAUAUCUCCUCCUCCCCUGAUUGUCAAUUACAGCUUCACUGCCGCCUCAGAUCCAAUUUUCCUUGAUUUAAACCCUUUGACUGGAAUUAUCGUGACCACACAGCCGUUGUCAAUAAUAACCCCAGAGACUAUGGAGCUGGAGAUUAUUGAUAUUAUUAGUCAGCUUCAAACCAAGCUGCAAAUCACCAUAGAGGAUGCUAAUAAUAACCCCCCAGUGUUCACCCAGGCCUCCUACGAUGUGGACAUUAACGAGAGUUUACCAUUGGACACGGUCAUCCUGGUGGUUUCUGCCACCGACGCUGACAAAGCAGAGAACGGAUAUGUAAGCCACACAAUCUCCGGCCUGCAGUCCGUACCUUUCGCCAUCGAUCAGAACACGGGAGAAGUCCGGGUUAUCAGAGAUCUGGAUUUUGAGACAUCUGCGGAUACUUAUACGUUUGCAGUGCGAGCCUCUGACUGGGGUUCUCCAUACAGAAGGGAGAGUGAGGUCAAUGUCACAAUUCGCCUGGUUAACAUAAAUGACAACAGGCCUCUUUUUGAGAAGGUGUCCUGCAGAGGGAUGAUAGCUCGGGAUUUCCCUGUCAACAAAAACAUCCUCACUCUUUCCGCCAUAGACAUAGAUGAGCUAGGGUUUGUGCGGUACCGUAUAUUGUACGGUAAUGAACUUGACUACUUCACGUUAAACCCAGACACCGGAGCCCUGUCGUUGCGGCGAUCUCUAGCCGCGGCCAAUCUAAAAAGUGGAAUAUUUAAUCUGAAAGUGGCUGCCACCGAUGGGGAGUUUUUCUCAGAUUCUACGUUUGUGAACCUCACUGUUGUCAGAGGGAGGACGGCACCGAGGGGGUUCAACUGCAAGGACACGCAGAUGGCCCAGCUGUUGGCAGAGAAAAUGCUCACCAAGGCAGCUGCUAUGGCGACCCCGAAAGUGGCAGAGACCUAUGCAUAUGCUUUCUCUCAGAACACACAAGCUCCACAGUUGGAGUCUUUUCCCAGCAGUAUUUUGGUCCGGGAAGACCUCGUCCCUGGCACCAGUGUGUUCCAAGUGAGGACACGAGAUAGUGACGCGGGCUUCAACGGCCGAGUUCUCCACGCCAUAUCUCAGGGGAAUCUAGAAAGCUGCUUCAAUAUCGACAUGGACGAUGGCUUGAUAACCGUGUUAGAGCCACUGGACCGCGAGAGGACGGAUCGGUACUUCCUUAAUAUCACCGUAUACGACCAGGGCUUUCCACAGAUGACCAGUUGGCGGUUGUUGACCGUGAUCAUCGACGACGCCAAUGACAAUGAUCCCCAGUUCACUCAGGACGGCUACUCCGCCCUGGUCGCCGAGAACUCUGCCAUCGGUCUGGAAGUUAUCACCGUUGGCGCCUUGGAUAAAGACAUGGGUCAAAACGGCCAGUUGUCCUACACACUGCUGACCAGCGUGCCUCAGUUUGACAUCAACAGAGAGACUGGAGGUGUGUUUGUGGCGAGCCAGCUGGACCGGGAGGCCUUUCCAACUUUCAGCCUGAAGGUGGAGGCCAGAGACAAGGCAGAGAGAGGCACCCAAAGGUCAGCGGUGACCACACUUAGUAUUAUCAUCGGCGACGUGAAUGAUUGUGCCCCAGCCUUCAUCCCUGCCAGCUACAGCACCAGGGCACUGGAAGACCUUCCAGUGGGGACUGUGAUCACCUGGGUCCAGGCUCAGGACCCAGACCUAGGUCUUGGAGGCCAGAUCCAAUACUCCUUGAUGAAUGACUUUAACGGCACCUUUGAGGUAGAUGCUUCGAGCGGGGUGUUGAGGAUUGGGAAGGAGCUUGACUAUGAGAAGCAGCAGUUCUACAAUUUGACUGUAUUGGCUGCAGACAGAGGGACUCCCAGCCUCAGCACUCAGUCAUUUGUUGAGGUCGAGGUGGUGGACGUCAAUGAGAAUCUGUAUGCACCCUACUUCUCUGACUUCGCUGUGAGAGGCUCGGUGAAGGAGAACUCUCGUGCGGGCACAAGUGUUCUGGCGGUCAGCGCUCAGGACGAUGACAAAGGCCGGGACGGGGUGCUGAGGUACUCUAUCAGCGGCGGCAGCGGACUGGGCACCUUCUCCAUUGACGAAGAAACAGAUAGCGGCCAGCCUCCAAGAUCUGCCGAGAGCCCCGCAGAGGUGCUGCUGAAGGUGGUCAACAUCAACGACUCCCCGCCGCGGUUCUCCCAGGACUCGUACGAGGCGGUGCUGCUACUGCCCACCUACAAGGGGGUGGAGGUCCUCAGGGUGGAGGCGUCCGACCCCGACCUGACCCUUGACCCCGGCCGGGGGUCGCCCGAGACGGCCCUCAACUCCACCCGGCUCCUCUUCUCCUCGGACGGGGGUCUGGAGAAUUUCGCGUUGGACACCGCCACCGGCGUGGUGACGGUCACCAACGGCAACCUGCAAAACGACCGCUACGUCUUCACCGUCAAGGUGUGGGACGGCCGCUUCUCGGCGACGGCGGCGGUGACGCUGGCGGUCCGGGAGGUGGCCGUCGACGGCGGGCUGCGCUUCACCCUCCCCGCGUACGCCGCCAGCGUGGCGGAGAACUCCACCCACGUCACCGUGGUGACGGUGGUCAGCGCGGCGGGCCACGCCCUCGGCGAGCCGCUCCGCUACGCCCUCCUGAACCCCGGCGGGAGGUUCUCCGUCAGGCCCACCUGCGGAGCGGUGAUGACCACCGGCGUGGCGCUGGACCGCGAGGAGCGGGACCGCUACGAGCUGGUGCUGGAGGUGCGCCGCGAGAGGGACGUGUUCCGGGUGGCCCGCGUCACGGUGCAAGUGCAGGUGGAGGACGUGAACGACAACGCCCCAGAGUUCGUGAACCUGCCAUACUACGCGGCGGUCCAGGUGGAGGCGGAGCCGGGCCGGGUCAUCUACAGGGUCUCGGCCUCGGACCGGGACCUGGGCCCGAACGGGGAGGUGACCUACAGCCUCCUGGAGCAGCACAGAAACUUCCAGGUGAACGCCGUGACGGGGGAGCUGAGCCUGAAGAGGAGCUUCGAGGCCGACGUCUCCAACGCCGAGUACCGUGUGGUCGUGGUGGCGACGGACGGCGGCGUCCCGCCCCUCUCGGGCCGGGUGGAGCUGCCCGUCACCGUGGUGAACAAGGCCAUGCCCGUGUUCGACCGGCCCUUCUACGGCAUCAGCGUGCGCGAGGACGCCCCACCCUCCUCCUCCGUGCUGGCCGUGGACGCCACUGGCCCCGAGGGCCGCCGGGUCAUCUACACCCUGGAGGACGGCGACCCGGGCUCCCAGUUCGACGUGGGCUUCGACAGCGGCGUGCUCCGCGUGGUCUACCCCCUGGACUACGAGGGCGCCCGCUACUACAGGCUGACGGUGAAGGCCACCGACCCCCAGACCGGCGCCCGCUCCGAGGUGGACGUGGACGUGGCCGUGCUGGACGUCAACGACAACCCGCCGCUGUUCCGCAACGCGUCGUACGCGGCCACGCUGCCGGAGAACGCCAUGACCGGGACCACCGUGUUGAAGGUGUCGGCACAGGACCAGGACUCUGAGCAGAACGCGGCGGUGAGCUACCAGAUCGUGGCCGACCUCUACAACAGCACCGACUACUUCAGCGUGGACAACGCCACGGGCGCGGUGGUCACAGCGCGCAUGCUGGACUUCGAGCUGGUCCAGCGCUACGACUUCAUCGUGCGGGCGACGGACGGCGGGGACCCCGCGCUGGGCAGCGACGUCAGCGUCACCGUGACCGUGACCGACACCAACGACAACCCGCCGGACUUCAGCCAGCCGCUCUACGAGGCGUACGUCAGCGAGCUGGCUCCCCGGGGACACUUUGUGACCUGCGUGCAGGCGUCCGACGCCGACGUCUGCGACGCCGACAAAUUAAGGUACAGCAUCAUCUCCGGCAACGAGAGGAUGACCUUCACCAUGGACGCCCGUAGCGGGGUGCUCAGUCUGUCGAGCAAGCGGAGGCAGGGCCUGAAGCCCUCCUACCAGCUCAAUGUGUCCGUGUCCGACGGCGUGUUCACCAGCACCGCUCAGGUGACCGUGCGCGUGCUGGGGGCCAACCUGUACAGCCCAGUGUUCAGUCAGAGGUUCUACUUGGCUGAGGUCCAAGAAAAUGCUCCUCCGGGGUCAAAGGUCAUUCAGGUCCGUGCCACAGACGAGGACUCUGGGCUGUUUGGCCAGAUCACCUACUCCUUCAUCAACGACCUGGGGAAGUCCCAGUUCACCAUCCGCGCCGACGGACUCAUAGCCACUGCGCAGACGCUGGACCGAGAGAACCCGGUCAACAAGGACAUGGUGCUCACCGUCAUGGCCCUGGACGGAGGAGGCCGCGCGUCCUUCUGCACGGUGCGCGUGGUCCUGGGGGACGAGAACGACAACGCCCCCCGCUUCCGGGCGGUGGAGUACCGCAUGAGCAUCAAGGCCAACGUGGGCAAGGGCUCGCUGGUCACCCAGAUCCAGGCCACGGACGCCGAUGCCGGGCUCAACGCCAGGGUGACCUACUCCCUGUACAGCGAGGCGCGCCACUCCCUGGUGGACGUGCUGGAGGUGGAGCCGGACAGCGGCUGGAUGAUGACCAAGAGCACCGUGGCCCACCUCCAGGGCGCCGUGCUGUCCUUCUUCGUCAAGGCCUCGGACGGCGGCUCGCCCCCCAAGCACUCCCUGGUGUCGGCCUUCAUCCACGUGCUCCCGCCCGACGCCCUGGUGCCCUCCUUCAGCCAGCCGCAGUACUCCUUCACCCUGCCCGAGGACACGGCGGUGGGGGCGGCGCUGGGCUCCGUGUACCUGGGCCCCGGCCUGGCGGGGAGCUUCGGCCUGGUGGCCGGGGAGACCCCCGACAGCAACCAGGAGGGGACGUUCGCGGUGGACGCGGACACGGGGCUGAUCCGGCUGCUGCUGCCGCUGGACUACGAGAGGGUCAGCGUGUAUCGAUUCAAGGUGUCGGGAACCACGAGGAGGGACCUGACCGAGUCGGUGGCCACGGUGGACCUGGAGGUCAAGGUCCUGGACGUCAACGACAACCAGCCUGUGUUUGAGUCCAGCACUUACGUUGCCACGGUGUUGGAGGGGAUGCCAGUAGGGACCAGACUGAUCCAGGUGCGAGCGCUUGACCCCGACUGGGGCUCCAACGGACAGGUGACCUACAGCCUGGGCCCUCUCCUGACCCGGAACCCGGAGUCUAAGAAAGACCCCCGCUCCCAGAGCCCCCCCGGGGCCGUCACCCCGGCGCCGCCGGCGGCCGCUCCCCCCCUGCCCUUCGCCAUCGACGGCAAGACGGGCUGGAUCACCACAGCCGCGCCCAUGGACCACGAGGGCUGCUCCGCCUACAGCUUCCGGGCGGUGGCCUCGGACCUGGGCGAGCUGGGGUCGCUGUCCGCCGCCACGGCCGUCACCGUGGCGGUGGCGGACGCCAACGACAACCCGCCGCGCUUCGAGCGCGAGUACUACCGCGGCGCCGUGCGGGAGAGCGACCCGCUGGGAGAGGUGGUGGCCGUCCUGAGCACGGCCGACCGGGACGGCAGCGAGGAGAACCGCCUCGUCAGCUAUUACAUCACGGGGGGUAACCCGCGGGGUGUGUUUGGCCUGGCCCUGGUGCAGGGGGAAUGGAAGGUGUACGUCAGCGGGCUGCUGGACCGCGAGCAGCAGGACUGGUACCUGCUCAACAUCACGGCCAGCGACGGCCUCUUCGUGGCCCGCAGCGCCGUGGAGGUGACCGUCAUGGACGCCAACGACAACAGCCCCAUCUGCAACCAGGCCGUGUAUAGUGCUGCCUUUCCCGAGGACAUCCCCACUAACAAGGGCAUCCUGACAGUUGGAGCAUCAGAUGCUGACUCAGGCUCCAGCGCUGAGCUCCAGUACUCGCUGUUUGGCAUCGGCGUCGAAGACUUCUACAUGGACGCCAACACCGGGGAGCUGCGCUCGGCCGCCCUCAUGGACCGCGAGCGGACGGCGGCCUACCGGCUCAUCGCCCAGGCCACCGACGGCGGGGGGCUCUUCUGCCGCUCGGAGGUCUCCCUGCGCCUGCUGGACGUCAACGACAACGCGCCCUCCUUCUCCUCCGGCGUGUUUGUGGCCAGCGUGGCUGAGAACGCCGCGCCCAAGGCCCUGCUGACCCGGCUGCAGGCCAGCGACCCCGACCAAGGCCUGAACCGUACGUUGGUGUACUCCCUGGUGGACUCGGCCGACGGCGUGUUCUCCAUCGAGCCGGUGUCGGGGGUGCUGGUGCUGGAGAGGACGCUGGACCGAGAGACCCAGGACUCCUACCAGCUCCGGGUUCAGGCCACGGACCAGGCCGGGCAGCCGGGGGCGCUGGCCUCACAGGUGGAGCUGACCGUGUUGGUGCUGGACGUCAACGACAACGCCCCGGUCUUCCAGAGGAGGGACUACACCGCCGCAGUGCCGGAGGAUGUCGCCGUGGGAACCGAGGUGUUGCGGCUGUUCGCCACCAGCGUGGACAUCGGGCCCAAUGCCGAGAUCACGUACAGCAUCCGCUCGGGGAACGAGCUGCGGAUGUUCACAAUCAACAGCAGGACGGGCAUUAUUUCUGUGGCCGACGACCUGGACUUUGAGGUGUGCAAGGACUACUACCUGACCGUCGAGGCCUGGGACAGUGGGACUCCGCCCCUUAGCUCCGCUACCAUGGUGACCGUGGAGCUGAUGGACGUCAAUGACAACGCCCCCACCUUCAGCGAGGAGAUAUACAACGUGCUGGUCAGCGAGGACGCCUCCAUUGGCCAGACCAUUACCAGGCUGCUGGCUGAGGACCUGGACAGCCAGGUCAACGGCCACAUUACCUACUCCAUACUGAAGGGGGACCGUGGCAACCAGUUCUGGAUUGACCCCGUCACCGGCCUGCUCAAAGUCAAUAAGCGUUUGGACCGAGAGCUGGUAUCUAGGUACUCUCUCUCGGUGCAGGCGUUUGACAGUGGCUCCCCGGCCAUGUCCUCCACUGCCACCGUUAACAUCGACGUAUCUGACGUCAACGACAACCCCCCUGUCUUCUCCCCCCCCAACUCCACCGCCGUCAUCCAGUUGAACCAACCGGCCGGGGCCAGUGUCCUGCAGCUGACGGUGAAGGACCCCGACUCCCCCAGGAACGGCCCCCCGUUCGAGUUCCGCAUCGCCGCCGGCAACGAGGGGAACUACUUCUCCCUGGACCGGUCCGGGACGCUGCGGACCACCCGGGUGCUGGGACCCCAGGCCCGCCGAGAGUUCACCCUGGAGAUCCAGGCCAGUGAUUCCGGCCGACCCCGUCUGGCCUCCUCCUCCUGGGUGUACCUGAGGGUCAUCGGGAACAGCCAAUACAAGCCCUCCGUCUCGCCGCUGGAGGUCUUCAUCGUCAUGGUGACCGACUCCUUCCCGGGCGGCCCCGUCGGCCGCAUCUACGCCACGGACCGCGACGUGAACGACGUCCUCUCGUACACCCACAGGCCCGCGCUCAGGAGCAUGUUCCAGGUCAACCGGCAGGACGGCAGCAUCGUGGCUCUGCCGGGGCUGGAGCCCGGCAGGUACCAGCUGAACGCCACGGUGAGCGACGGCCGCUUCGCCGUCAUCGCCGACGUGUCCGUGCGCGUGGAGCAGCUGACGGAGGUGGUGCUGCGCAGCGCGGUGGCCGUGCGCUUCAGCUCGCUCUCCCCGGAGGACCUCCUGGGCCGCUACCUCAGCCAGGUGCGGCUGAUGCUCCGCUCCCUGGGGGCCUGGGCCUUCCCGCCGGGCCAGGUGGACUUCAUCCACGUGCUGGGCGUGCAGCCGGUGGACGGCACCGGCGACGUGGACCUGUUCCUGGCCAUGGAGCGGCCCUCGCAGCCGGCGGGGACCGGGGGUGGAGGUGGAGGUGGCGGAGGCGGAGGUGGUAGUGGGGGAGACGGCUUCUUCUCCCCGCAGGAGCUGGCGGAGAAGCUGGCGGAGGCCCGGGCGCGCGGCCAGUUCCGGGGGGUGCUGGCGGGGGCGGAGGUGCUGGACCAGACCUGCUCCGGGGAGCUGGACUGCGGGGACAUGGUGUGCGAGCAGACCCUGGUGAUGGCGCCGCGCGCCACGGUCACCUACAGCACCGAGCGGGUCAGCCUGGUGUCCCCCACGUUCAGACGCAUGGAGGCCUGCACGUGCCCCGGGGGAUUCUGCUCCACUCCUCUUGAGCUCUGUGAAGGUCAAUCCUGUCCAUCAGACAUGCAGUGUGUACGCUCCGGUGUGACAGCGCCCUCUGUCUGCCAGUGUCAGCCCGACAGGCUGGACGAAUGCGCCGGCCAGACCUCGCUGAGCUUCUCUGGGAAUAGCUACAUCAAGUACAGGGUGACGGAGACGGCGGCGGGGGGGGAGAUGAGACUGGGCCUGAGGAUCAGAACCCUUCAGGCCAGGGGGGUCAUCAUGUUCUCCCGCACCAACCCCUGCACCAUGCUGAAGAUCGAGGGCGGCCGACUGUGGUUCCAGCUCGAGUGUGACAACACGCUCGGCAUCAUGGGGAUCUCCGGCCGCCCGAUCAACGACGGCCUGUGGCACGCCGUGGCCCUGGAGCUCACCCACAACUACAGCCUGCUGUCGCUGGACGACAGCUACGUGGAGCGCCGCCGCGCCGCCCGGGCCCCCGUCCGCCUCUGGCCCCUGGCCCCCGACUCCUCCUUCUUCUUCGGGGCCCAGGUGAGGCCUCCCCCGGGGCCGGGGGGGGAGCGCGGCGGCGCGGGGUCCGGGGCUAGCCAGAGCGAGGCCCCGGGGGACCCCAGGGACGCCAGGGGCCCCCCCAGGGCCCAGGACGGCUUCCAGGGGUGCCUGGGCUCGCUGCGGCUGAACGGCAACGAGCUGCCGCUGCAGAACAAGAGGAGCCGCUACGCCGAGGUGGCGGGCCUGAGCGAGGUGAAGCUGGGCUGCGUGCUCUACCCGGACCCCUGCGUCAGCCAGCCCUGCCUCAACGGGGCCCCCUGCAGCAGCCUGCCCUCCGGAGGUUUCGGGUGCAGUUGCAGCGCUGGGUUCACCGGAGGGCGCUGUGAGGUGGAGCUGACUUCCUGUCUGCCCAACCCGUGUCAGAAUGGGGGCGACUGCACGCCGGCGGGGGGCUCCUUCCUAUGCAGUUGUCCCCGGGGUCUCGUGGGACUUGUGUGCGAGGAGGAUGUCAACGAGUGUCUGAGAGAGGAGUGUGCGAACGGAGGGGUGUGUGUGAACACAUACGGGGCCUUCUACUGUAACUGCACCCUGGGCUUCGAGGGACAGCUCUGUGGGGCCCCCAGUGAUGACGAGGGUGACACACAGGCGGAGCCCCUGUCCUACAUCGGCCCCGGGGAGAUGGUCGGCAUCGGGGUGCUGGUCCUCGUGGUCGCCGUCCUGCUCGUCGUCUUCGUGGGCUUCAGGAAGAAGAUCUCCCUGAGGAAGGAGUCGGACGGCGGAGGCGGGGCCGGGGGCCGGCCCGCCAUGGGCGUCUCCACGGUGACCUCGGAGGCGGGCUACAUGCUGCGAGAGAAAGGCGGCGGCACGGCGGGCAUGGAGUUCCAGGCCAUGCGCGCGUCGGCGGGCUCUUCCUCGGGGACCUCCGGUUGCUUCGGCGACGGAGCCGGAGUCGGCGGCGGCGGGGGGGGUCCGCCUCAGGUCAUGGUGCGGCCCAACUGCCACUCGCCCAAGCUGCCGGGAGACCUGUGCGGGGGGCGGGGCGCCCAGGGGACCAGCGGGGACCGGGGCACGUCCAGCGAGGGCAGCCAGUUGAGCAGCUUCCUCUCCGACACGUCUCACCUCCGGGGCGGGGCCAGCAGGAGGGGCGUUGCCGUGUGCAGCGUUGCGCCCAAUCUCCCGCCGGCGUCUCAGUGUCACUCGGAGCAUAGCCCCGCCCACAAGGUGUCCUGGGACUCGGUGGGGGGGCACGGGGGCCAGAGGGGCCAGCCGCUGGACGACCGGGAGCAGGAGUGGGGCCAGAGGGCCUUCCAGCUGGAGAGGACCCAGAGAGGGGACUCCAGCCCACCGGAGGAGGCAGCUGAUUUGCUGGAGGAGGCUCAGUGCUUCUCGGACAGCCUCUCUGAGGCCCGUUCUCUCAGCUCCUUCACCUCAGAGUCCUUCGAUGACAACGCCUCGAUUGUGACGGUCAUACGUCAUCCCAACAAUGCUGUUGGCAGUAUCGAAAGCGACGCGGGUCCCCACAUGCGCCGCGAUGAGGGUGUCUGCGCGGAGCGGGUCAAAGACUACAUCGUGGAUUCGUACCACUGGAAGUCUCCCCCGCAGACCUCCAUGUGGCUGUCCCCGUCCCGCCUGAGGCCCCCAGAGCUGGCCUCCCACUGGGACUUCAGCGAGGCCCAGCAGGCCAUCCGACGGGGGGGCAGCAUGCGCUCCCUCCAGCUGGACUACCGGCUGGCGAGCCCCGAGGCCCCGGACGGUGCCCGGGGCCCCGGGGCCCGGGCGGAGCCCGCCGGGACCACCUUCCAGUGGGACAGGACCCGGUCGGGAGGCUGGGAGAGGAGGCCUUCAGGGGGGCGCGCCAAAGACCCCCAGGAGCCCGUCGGGGGCCCAGGGGCCCCUUGUGACGGCGGCGGCGGCGGCGAGGACAGCUCCUCGCCCGUCUACGAGGAAUACCGGGGGGCCCAGCAGGAGGCGGAGCCGGAGGGCCUCUACGACACGCUGCCCCCGACGCGCCGCGCCUACGAGGGGAUCCCGCCGCCCCCCGGCCUCCACCUGCACCCGGCCCAGCUCCAGCCCCCGCUGCGGGCCUGGGACGGGGGGCGGACGGAGGAGUGCCUGGGACCAGAGGCCGAGCCGGGGGAGCAGGGCGGGGCGGGGGGGGCCGGGGACGAGCUGGAGAGACUGCUGAACCUGGUGUCGCUCCGCGCCCGGAGAGCCACGCGGACACACAGGUCGUCCACCGGCUCCGAACCCGCCCCGGGGUGGGACGGAUUUUAAUCAGUAACGCACGCACACGCACACAGGGACAGACACACCGACACACACACACACAUAGAGACACAGACACACACACACAAACACACAUACAGUACACUAAUGACUAGUCCAUGAGCCCAAGAUCCUAGGUUCCCUUUUUUAUUAACUUUUGGCAAAGUCUUGUCCCUUUCCGAUGCGUUUGACGUUCGCAGAACAACAUCAUUGCAGUACUUUGUAAACAAUAGAGCAAACGUUCUGGGCACAGCAUUAAAGGAAAACACGUUAAUAUAUUCAGCUGAAUCCCGUAUUGAACACUGUGUUGCUCUUCAGGGUUUCGUGUAUAGAAAUGAAAAUCCAAAAACAAAACUACAGUCAGCAUAUCGUGUUGCCAAACCAUUGAUAAGCAGCUCGUUAGGAUGUAGGGACGACAUGAGUCCUUUCUGGGUGUUUGAAUAAUUCACUUUUCUUGAGAGACGUUCGCAAUAAAUUGGGAACCGUGUUCAAAGUGAUAACCAAAUCCAUGUUAUGUGAUGUCUUCACCCUCUAUGGGGGCUCCUAACAAUGCAAGGUUCUGAGCCCGGCACAAACUGAAGCACAAAGAGCUCCCAGCGAGUUGCCGUGUUCCCAGCUGUGCAGCCCACUGCACGGUAUCUGCCUGCUAUAGCUGCUGGUGUAGGAGGCUGAAGAUAUCUCAGGACACUGCACAGCGGUAAAGUGUAUGCUGAUGUAGCUCUAGCUGCUUCUUUAGAGAAGCGUUGUGCGGCCCACGCAAAGCCAAUUUUCUGAGGCAAAAACAAAGAUUAAGAAAAUGAGAUGAGUUGUGCUAAGUGACUACGUAAAUUAGAUGAAAUACCUAAUUGUAUCUUGCAGUUUCGGCGCACCCUCUUCCCUGUGUGUUACUGUUCCAUGUGCCAGAGUCCUUUGUCUAGUAGGAAUGCUUGGUGUCUUAAGAGAGAAAUAGGAGAGAGAUGUUUAUAAUGCAGACGGUAUAAUAAUGUGUUUUGCAUAUGCCUGUUGAGUCCAAAUAAACACGCGCUUAAAGAUGACGACAUCAGCCGCUAAAGAUGCUAUUUUUGUCAUAACAUCCUUGCAUAAUACAUGGUAUUUAUGCUUUUCUAGGCGCUCAAAGACACACAGACACAGAUCAACAAAAGGUUGCAUUAAAACAUUUAAAGGGAUACAAACGAAGGGGCGGAGACAGGGACAGAGAGGGGGAGAGUGAGAUCACGUCACAUGUUGUGUUUCCGGCCAGAUACAAGAAGCACAUGUAUGGGCGAUCCUUUAAAAUGAUCAUGACGACAAAACAACUUGGGAUUGUGACUAUGUCUAUCGAUUAUUUCUUCCUAUCUAUCUACCUACCUGUUUCUCUAUCUAGGUGUUGUCGUCGUUGUUGUUGUUGUUGUUGUUUUUGUUGUUGUUGUUGUUGUUGUUGUUGUGAUUGGCAUGGGCACAGGCACGGCAGUGAUUUAAAAGAGGAGUAGGGAAGGCUGAGGAGGAGAGAUGAACGCUGGAAGAUAUAAACGCCAGAGAGCGUAAUCCCGUCCAAGCCCUGGCCAUAUGGGGGCGACGGGUGGAUUAUCAUCCGCCCGGUCGCCCCCGUAGGCGGGGCGAUGAUGAGGACCACACUGUUCUGACCACCGCCGGGAUUAGGUUCUCAGACUCGUGGGCACCUAAUCUGAGAGCCACACAUCUGCCACCACCCUGCCUCGUCUCUUAUCUUUAAUUAUGUCUCUCCUCAGUUCUCCUAUCUCACGCUACCAAACACUGUCUCUCACCCACGCACGCACGCACGCAUACAGCUCUGCUUGCACACACAGCAGAUUCACUUUGUGUAACAGAUCAAAUCCAAUAUGUAUAUAUGUAUAUAUAGCACAUUCAACUGUAUAACAUCAAGAUCACCUUCAAUACAACCCUCUCAUUAAACCCGACAAGUCACCUUUU